GUCGACAGCUGUUGCAAACCCAAACAAAAAACAAAGGAGCAGACCACGAACACAAGCACCAAUUCAUCCACCCGACGUGGCUGUUGUCGAUGAAAGGGCUUCUCAUUCAGCAUUCCAGCACUCCCUUAUUGAUCAUCAACGUAUAAAGAGGCUGCUGUUGCUUUGAACACCGCACAGUCAAAGAAGACAGCCUCACAGCAAACCAACCAACCAACCAACCAACCAUGUCGUCCAAGAAGCACGAAGUUGUCUUCACCAUCAAAUGCGAACUCUUGCGAGACUCGUACGCCUACGAGAUUAUCGAAGCGUUUCUGCACACAAUCUUCUUCUUCCGAACGUUGGAAGGCACUUUUAAACCGCAAGAUGCUUCUUGCCCUAGCCUUGCCGUUACCUACGCACAAGUCCCGUCAGCGAAGCUUCGCUCAAGCAUUGAUGCCAUUGCCACACAGUUUCACGAAAAGCUCCAGCGAAGAAAGCCAAACACCACAUCCUCAGUCACUAUGAAUCUUUGUUUCAUGACGAAAUCGAAGGGUAUCAUGCAGUGGAAGGUGGAGGUUUGGGAGAAGUGGGAAAUCGUCAUCACAGUUCCAGACACCAAGACUGCUGAAAGCGUCAGCGAGGCCGAAGCCAAGGAGUUUGCGGCAAACGCUGUGAUUGAGCAGCUCAACGAGAUUAUCUACAACGUGACAACGUGGACACGCCACUUGCCUCACGUGAGCAAGAAAGCUGAGAUGCCAAGCGCUGUUGACAUUAGCAUUGAUCAGCUGCCAUAUCACUACGACAUGAAGAUUGAAGACGAUGGGAAGAGCAGCGCCCUGCAGGUUGGCCUCAACUUUGUACAGCGCAUGCUGUGAUGACGCAGCCCUGGGCGUGCGUCAGUGCGGAUGCACGUGCAUUUCUAACAAGACUCCACUGUUCAUUCACUUGGGUAAUGAAAGCAAGCACAAGCAAGCACAAGCAAGCGCGCAAGCCAGCAACAAGAUGUACAUCGCCACGCCAUUAAAUGAAUUCAUGCACAACUGACACCCAAGA